AGUGGGAAAGCUAACAAACAUCUUUGACUGGAGUGGAAAAAAACACACAGCUCUAUUAGCCUAUACCAGCAGAUUAUUACAUGCCAGGACGGUAGCCGGGAAUCACCUCGGAACGACAAAUCAGAAAUCGAGUUUUAUUCCUGCAGGGCUCAGCUUUUUAUUUGCAGAUGAGACAUGUCUUCAGCGCCGUUCGGGUCUUUAUUUCUUAUCUGAGAGGAGUCGUAGCUCACUGGCUAGCUGGCUAACUCCCCCCUACCCCCUCACUACGAGCUAGCUACUUAGCGACAGAGGUGUGAAAAUAUAAAGAAAUCCGGCUUUGGCAGGCUGUGGAAAAGAGAACGACACCUGACAAUGAAUGGCCUUUCUGUGAGUGAGCUGUGCUGCCUGUUCUGUUGCCCCCCCUGCCCCAGCCGUAUCGCUGCCAAGCUUGCCUUCCUGCCCCCUGAACCUACCUAUGCCCUCUUGCCCGAUCUGGAGGCCGGGCAGGUGCCUGCCGGACCCACGGGGACGUCAGGCCUCCGGUCCCGGGGAGGAGGUGGUGGUGGGAGUUCGGUAGGGGGAGGGAAUGUCACAGGGGAGGGGCGCUGGAAGCUCCACCUCACAGAGCGGGCGGAAUUCCAGUAUUCCCAACGGGAACUGGAUGCCACGGAAGUGUUCCUGACUCGAUCUAGUAGGGGGAACAGAGUGGGCUGCAUGUAUAUCCGCUGUGCCCCCUCUGCCAGAUUCACUGUCCUGUUCUCCCACGGUAAUGCAGUGGAUCUAGGCCAGAUGAGCAGCUUCUAUAUCGGCCUUGGCACUCGCAUCAACUGUAACAUAUUCUCCUAUGAUUACUCCGGCUACGGGGUCAGUACAGGGAAGCCCUCGGAAAAGAAUUUAUAUGCAGACAUUGACGCAGCGUGGCAGGCUCUACGCUCAAGAUAUGGCAUCAGCCCAGAGAAUAUUAUCUUGUAUGGACAGAGCAUUGGCACGGUGCCCACGGUCGACCUGGCAUCACGAUACGAGUGUGCAGCUGUGAUUCUGCACUCCCCUCUCACCUCCGGCAUGAGGGUGGCCUUCCCCGACACUAAGAAGACUUACUGCUUUGACGCAUUUCCCAACAUUGAGAAAGUGUCUAAAAUCACAUCUCCAGUGUUGAUCAUCCAUGGGACGGAGGACGAAGUGAUAGAUUUUUCCCACGGGCUGGCCCUGUACGAGCGCUGCCCCAAAGCCGUGGAGCCACUGUGGGUGGAGGGAGCCGGACACAACGACAUCGAACUGUACAGCCAAUACCUGGAACGCCUGCGUCGUUUCAUCGGGCAGGAAUUGGCCGCACAACACGCCUAAGCUGUCCUCCGUUUCCUCCUCCUCUUGUCAUCCCACCAUCUCCCAGUCCGAGCGAGAGCGAGAUGAAUGUGUCAGUAACUUAUUGAAGGCUGCCAUUUUGUAUGGACAACGUUACUAUCGAAGCAGCUUGACGGAUACACAGCUGCUCAGAUUUGUUUUAAGUGUUUUCUUUUUUUCUCCCUCUGUUUGUCAUCUCCUUGUACAUAUGAGCGUGCGUGUGUGCCUAUGGCAACUCUGGGGGAUGGAAGUGGAAUUUCUCUGGACGAAUUGAGAUGCCGGUUUCAGUCCGAAGGAAAUAAGCCAGCCGUCCUGUACCUCCAGCCUGAUGGUUACUCUCCAUAUCUGAGCAUUCAUUUGUCAGUUGAGUGGUUUGCAUCUCUGACUUGCUCCCGUGAUGCCUCAGCCUGAGAGGUCUUCACUUCCCACUUCUCAUCAGGCAACCUAAAAUAACUCCAUCUCAGAUCCUGGCAAAUUUCCUAGCCUUGCUGACCCUGCAGGAUGGAAUAAACCGGUUGUUUGGUGGAGGACUUCUGGAUUGAGUUUUGAAGCAUCCUACACAUUCGUCUAACUAUUUGGCUUUUUCUGGAUGGCUCUUGUGCGCAGAUGUGUGGGUCCGUUUUCUCAUACGCCCUGCGGGAUGCUGACCUCUAUGCACCGACGUUCCCUUCCGAUGAGUUUUUGCCUUUAUGUAAAAGCAGAGCUUGGGAUGAGAUGACACCUGAUGAUCUACACCGCUCCAGGCAGGGAAAGCUCAAAUCCUUGUUCCCAGUCUAUUUUUUUUUUCUCUCUGCUAUUGCUUUCUUUUCCUUCUCAGCAUGUGAGGGUGUCCAUAGCACCCUGAGGUGAAAUGAAACUAGGAGGGCCGCUCGCUCAUCAUCAUAUUUCAAAGAAACCACCACUUGGGAUGACACGAUACAGAGUAUAUUCACGUCCAGAUACAUACAUCAUGUUGGGCCAGUAGAAAGAUCAAGCGUUCAUUAUCUUGUCGGGACUUUCCUAAAGCCAGAUCUUCAUCAUAGCAUUUCCACAUUCAUUCUCCAGUCGUUUAACCUUUUGAAUGGGUUUUGGGUUAAUAAAUGGUUUAAUUGUGUAAGAACAAAUCAUGCACACAACACAGGUAGCAGUCGGAGUUAAAGACAGAAAUCACUUCUGAACCCUGUGGCGAUGACACACAACUCGCAACCAGUUUUUCUUGUUUUUAGCCUGACGUCAAGUAUGUUUGGAAAUGUUACUCCUCUCUUGUUGGCAUUCAAAUUGGAGCUCAAGCUAUAAUCGUGCAUAUUACUCUGUCUUUUCAGUGAUUGUUAUGUUUAAGCAAAUCAUUUCAAAGCAUAGCACAUCAUUCAAAAGCUCCUCCUAAUGAUAAUAAAGAAUUUCCCUUUUUCUUUCAACAUCAGAUUGCUAGUUAAUGACACAUGGUUUAAUCCACUAAGUAAUGUUUUGAGCUGCGGGUAGGUUUAAAGACUAUCACUAGCAAUAAAGGCACAAGAGUGAGGUCAUCUAAAAUCUAUUUUAGUCCUCUCUAGUCAAGCUGCUUGCCUUCAAAGGGAGUUUGUCUGGAUGCAACUAUGACUCUUAAAGUUUUCACUCUAAUAAAUGCUGGGUUAAAAACAACCCAACUUGGGUUAUUUGGUAACCCAGCGCUGGGUAAAUAUUGGACAGAACACAUGCUGGGUUGGGUUAAAUGUUUUUACCAAACAUGCUGGGUUAUUUUAAGUCAACUAUUGUUUAAAAAUUAUUAUAUUGCUGGUUUAAAAUGGACUGAAUCUUAUAAAAACGCACACAGACUUACUAGAGGCAACAGCAAUAAUCAAUAGAUGAACAUUUAUUAUUAAGCAAGAACACAUGGACAAAAUACAAGACAAAUUGAUUUAAUUUGGGUGAAUACAGCAUAGUUUACGAUACUGCAUACAUUUAAACUCAUUUAACAAGCAUUUUAGACAUGAAAUGUAACAUUUAAAAGUAGAAUUUUAAUUUUAGUGUUUUCAACCGUUAUCUGUAAUUGUUUUUACCGAAAUAGCGCUAAUUCUCAUGCCGUUGUGUCGCCGAAAUCUGAGCCGGUGAAGGGCUGCUGUUCGCCGGGUUAACUGAACUUCAGACUGUGGCCUCGCAUUUCACUCGUAGCUGAAAAAUGGCAUGACUGACUCCAAAAACUGCCCAUAAACAAAGAGUACUUGCAUUUGAGAAUAUUUUUUAGGAUUAAACUUGGUACAAUAACAAAUAAAAUCCAUUUAUUUUAUGCAAGGCAAAAAGGCGUGUACAUCCUGCGAAACAACCGCUGCUGACGCAGCUGACUGACAUCUCGUCCUUAUGUUGCGUUCCGUAAAAUAAUACAAUUUAUAGCUCACUAAAGACUUUAUAAAUUAAAUAAAAUGUAUACAAACCUUUAUUUCGCUGAAGAAGUGCAAAUCGGCGGCGAUGAGAACCGCUCUCUCCUGUAGAGGACUUAAAAAGCCCGCGGUCUGACUAACUGUAACUCAGCAGCUGAGUUGUUUCGUCAGAGACAGACUCAACCCGGCGGUUGGGUAGAAAAAAAUAACCCAGCACCUGGGUAAAAAUAACCCAAUAAAGUGACCCAACGGGGUGAACCUGGCAUUUUUUUUAGAGUGCAGGUUGUUUAGAAAGAUUGUGAAAGCUUUGAAUAACACUAGCGGUGAAUUGAGAAGCAUUCAGAGGUUUCUUUCUUUCAAAGUAAGCUUUUCAACUGUGAAUUUUCAAGGGAAUUUGCUGCUAUAGAUCUCAAUUGAAUGGCUCAAUGAAAUUAAAGGGCCAAACCCUGCAGUCUUUUGUUGUUUUCUGAUGCAUCAAAGUCUACAGAGCCAUUCUUUAGCGAGAUAAGACAUCGCUUCCUCUUUCUGCCGUGAUUCGUUCUUGCCCUUUUAACACCGUAGGCUGCACAGUCAUUCAGGAUUCCACACAACAAUUUGUUUUAAUUAGAUUGAUUAACUUAAGUAUGUUGUCAGGGUAGGUUUUUGGUGCAUGAGUAUUGAUUUUAAGGCACAAGAUUUAGUUUCAUCUCUAAAUCCUGUUCUUUUUUUUCCUUUUUUUUUUUUUUAACUUGGUUAACCUUUAUCCACUCCACUUGGUCUAGUAGUAUGUGCUCUGGUUAAACCAACUCCCAUUAAUGCACAAAGCACAGCGAUUCUGUAUUUUAAAAACACUGGUUUGUACAUAAUAUCUGAAACCUAAUUCCAACAAAUCUGAUUCUGCGUUUCAUCAUGUAUUUAAUUUGUGGUUGGACACAAAGGGGCUUGUUCAUUCUCCAUUCUAACCAAAGAUGACAGGUGUUGGAGUUCCGAUGGCCGCCCACUGCCAUUUGUCAGCGCUCAGAUGUUGAUCGAAGGAGGAGGCGGCGGACUUUGGCUGUUCAGACCGAGCCAGGUCUCACACAAUGCAGGCUGCUGUUGAUGUAGUUUUUGUGUGGACUGUUGGUGCGUGUUUACCCCCUGUACGACACAAGUGUUUGGAGGGCCGAAGCAAUACUGACUUGGAGCCAGCAGACUGGAUGUAAGGAUGCUCUGUGUGUGCAUACAAAAGGGUAGGAUGUUGGGUUGGGGUGGGGCUGGAGUUACCCAGAGGCUCCAUCCCGACACAUUCAGAUUCAACUCUUUUUAUUAAGAUUGUUUUUUUUUUUCUUGUUUAAAGAAAGUAAGUUAUAGAAAUGUCUUUUUAAAACUAUCAGAUGUAUGUACUGUAUAACAUUGUUUGAGAAGCUUAAUCUUGAGGUUUGAGAAUCUGUUUUUUUAUCUUAAUGGAUCGGGAGCAAGAGUCAUUUGGGGUGUUACUGUUCUAUCCUUUUAUGCAUUAUUCUAAUGUUGUUGUUUUUAGUUUUAAAUAUGUCUUUUUCCUUUUCCAGAAUUAAUAAUAAAAAAAGAGAGAUCUUAGAAAAAUAAAAUUAUGAAUUGAUAA